AUGAAAACGAUUGUGGACUAUCUUUUGGAGGCGAAGGAAAAACUGGACAGCUUGGCUAGUGAAAAUAAAGAACUUUUUGAGCAGGUGGAUAAGCUUUGCCUCGCCAGCCUUAAUUUAAAGGUUGUCCUCCCGACUGCUAGGUUCAAAGAGGAAGCACUACGCCGUGCCCCUAAACUGAGGGUCUCCCAGUUUAGGGGCAUUUACAUCCGUCCCUCGCUGUCUAAAGCAGAGAGGGACAAGCUCCGCUCUUCGAGGCUAGCAUCCAGAGGGAAGCCUGAAAACAAUUCAAAGGUUCAUUCCAUAAACUUGCCUUCUUCUCCAAUGCCUGGCUCUGAUAUUUCGAACAAGUCUAUGGAUAUUAUGUCGCCAGUUGUUCCUUUAAACACUCAAUCCCUCCCGAAAAAUGCGGAUUCGUUAAUUUUUCACCUAACUGAAUCCUGUUUUGAUAUUGUGGCUCUUACAGAGACUUGGCUCAAGUCUGCUCUUGAGAACUCCACUCUCUUGGGUAUCUUGGGGCAUGAGUACAGUCUUAUCCGGUGUGAUCGGAUUCGCAAACCAGGUGGUGGUGUGGCAAUUUUAGUCAGGAGGAAAUUUUCGUAUCAAGUCAUAUUCAAGGAAUCUAUUAGCGAUUCUUAUGAGCUUUUGUGUUGCGAUAUUUCCUCGCGCUGUGAACUGUGUAGAAUCGCUGUUAUCUACAGAACUCCCGGAUGUUCACACAAAUUUACGCUGCAGCUUUUCAAGGCCUUGACUGACCUGUCCACAUGUCAGUAUCCCUUCUUAGCAAUGGGAGAUUUCAAUAUGCCGGAUGUUGACUGGACUGGCAAUGAUAAA